AUGUCUGGAGGAAAAGGAAAAGCUGAUACCACAGAAAAAGCGUCUACUUCUAGAUCAGCCAAGGCUGGUUUAACAUUCCCUGUUGGAAGAGUUCAUAGAUUGUUAAGAAAAGGAAAUUACGCCCAAAGAAUUGGGUCUGGUGCUCCGGUUUACUUGACAUCGGUUUUAGAGUAUUUGACAGCUGAAAUCUUGGAGUUGGCAGGUAAUGCUGCAAGGGAUAACAAAAAGUCAAGAAUUAUUCCUAGACAUUUACAAUUAGCGAUCAGAAAUGAUGAGGAAUUGAAUAAGUUGUUAGGGCAUGUUACCAUUGCUCAAGGUGGUGUGUUACCAAAUAUUCAUCUGAAUUUAUUGCCUAAGAAGUCUGGAAAGACUAAGGCUUCUCAAGAAUUAUAA